AGAAAGGCACAUCAGGCGAUGUCCCAGAAAAGACGGGAAAAAAGGACUAAUAGUGGGAAAGGUCAUAACAAAUUAACUAACGGUUUAAACGAGAGAUGGCCCUCACUCAAGAGACUAUUUUGACGUUUUUACUAGAGCACGGGGGCAAAGUGAAGAACUCGGAAUUGUUGAGUAAGUUUAAAGAGGCGCUCAGCUGCAGCGAUCCUGUGGAAAAGAGACAAAACAGAGAUCUUUUCAAGAGUUUUGUGAACAAUAUUGCAGUCGUUAAAGUCAUAGAUGAGGUUAAGUUUGUUGUUGUAAAGAAAAAAUAUCUAGGAUUUGUUAACGGUAAUUCUCUAAACGCGCCAAAAAACGAGUUCGAAGAUAGUUUAAGCCGCUUAAAUUGUUCUUUCUCGUCCUGUUCCCCUGAGGGGGUCCUUAAAAAGGGGACAGCUGAUACCGUUAAGUCUGUCAUCGAAAACAACAAUUCCUAUUUUACCUCAAAUAUUAAUGCGGUUGGUUUGGGCUGUAACGCCGAUGAAAAUCUCCGGAACAAUCCCGCAUCAGGAGGAUGCUGUAACCUGGACUGUGAAAGACAACAGAUGUCACCGCAAAACGACAAGAUAAGUGUACCAAAGGACCUUAAACCUAGGAAAACAGGUGCUGUAUUUGCCAUAAUCGCUGUGAAAUCACCUCCAAUCUCGCCAAGUAAUCAAGAACAAUUACACACUGAAGUUCGGAUACAGGAACCAGUAUCACAACAGCACUUGCAGGCAAUCAGAAUUACUCCACCUCACAUACGUCUGGAAAAAACAGAGACCGCAUCUCUUCAGAAAGGUCCAGGGAAAAAGCCUAAGGAGUGGGACCAAGACAAUUCACCAGAAAUCAAAAGGAGGCAGCUGGAAACCAAGUUACCAGACACACCCCAAUUAAAGAGGAGUAACAAGACAGCAAAACCAAGCAACGAGCCGAAGUACUCAGAGGGGGUCCCCUUGGAGUUUGCCGAGCACGAGUGGCUCGUGAAGUCGGCUGCUGGCCAUUGGGAUCAAGUUUAUGGCCUGCUGCUUCGGGAUGCACAGCUGGCAGACAAGAGAGACUUCAUCUCGGGCUUCACCGCACUCCACUGGGCCGCUAAAGAUGGAAACAAGGACAUGGUGUGCAAAAUCAUUGACGUGUCAAGGGACAGAGGCGUCGAGGUGGACGUCAACGCCCGCACACAUGCAGGCUACACCCCUCUACACAUUGCUGCAAUUCAUGGCCACGACUUUGUUAUAGCUCUGCUUGUGCGAGACUACUGUGCCAAUGUAAACAUAAGGGACAACAAUGGGAAAAAGCCCUACCACUACCUGCACCAGGGGGUCAGUCCGGAGGUAAGGGAGCUACUCGGAGAUCCUCACGUCUCUCAGGAUCGGGUGGUGCCCUGUGAGAGGGCGGAGGACGACCACAACUUCCCCGAGCUCCCAAAGGGCUUCAACACCCUGAGCAAGCUGUUCAGUCCGCACACGGGACACAGGAAGAAGCCCUGGCACAGGCCCAGCUUCCACUUCAUCAGCGACGACUCUGGAGACGAUAGGAGGGAGCACGUCCUGUCUCGCAGACUGUCAGAGAUGUUCCACUGACUGGACUUCUGGCUAAAAGCGCAGAGGUGUCCUCAAAGACUCUGGUUUGGUUCCUAUACGGCUACUAAUUUAAAAGAUGGGGAUUGUGAGUGGGCCAAUUGUUGUCUUUUUUGUUUCUUUUUUGUAGAGGUAAGAUAUGAAUGCAUAGCUUGUAUAUGCAGUAGUGUUGGCAGUCUAAAGAAUAAACUGGAACGGAACACUGGGACUGGAUUAUGUGAACCAGAGUUGAUUAUUCUUAAUUUAUCAAUCUAUUUUUGAGUGUAAAUGCUAAAUGUCUUAUUUUAUACUAAUAUUUGUAUUCCCUGUAAAGGCAUGACUAAACAUAAACAUUUACUUUU